CUUUUUAAUAUCUUUAAAUAUGUGAACUGUAUGAAAUUACACACAUACUUAAAAUUCUUAGCAAGUUUAAAGGAACCAGAAUACGUGAAAAUAAAUCUAGUCUGUAAAAAAUGUAGGAUGAGAGAACUCAGAGACCCUCAUUAGAUUGUCCCACCCACAUUUUAAAUGCUUCCUAAGCCUAUAAAAACCCAUAGUUAUCAGCAAGUAGAAAUGAAAAAAACAUUCCACAAUGAGAAUAAAUGUUGAAAAGUUACUGAAAUGCAGAAUAAAAAUCAGAGAGAGAGAGAGAGAGAGAGAGAGGUAACAUGCUCCACAUAGAGCAGGACAACACCCACGUGGCAGGAAAUGCCCUUUGUAUAUUCUGUGAUAACCAAUCAGAAGCAUUAGAUGGUCUGAGCAUCUUCAACACGUCACCACCUUCACUCUCUGAAAUACAAACAAGCUUCCUCAUAAAGUCAGUGUGUCAUGAUGAUCGUGUUCUGCGUUACACUGCUUCUCCUUCAUCAAGGAUAUGCUCUGGUUCCAGUGACCACAGUUCAACUUGGUGAAUCUGUGACCUUCACAUGUGUUCUGCCUUUAGAUGAGGGGGGUGGUAAACGUCUUUACUGGUACAAGCAGAGUGUCGGAGAUGAUCUGAAAUUAAUUGUAACAUUUAUGAAACAUUCAACUCCUGUGUAUGGACCAGAGUUUUCUGACUCUAGAUGGGAUCUAAAAGUUGAGAAGAAUAUUAGUAGACUGAUCAUUUUGAAAGCAACUGAAGAGGACGAGGGAAUGUAUCACUGUGCAGUCAUAGACUGGAAUGAGACCUUUUGGAAUGGAACCUAUUUGUCAUUAAAAGGAAUCAGUCAGAGGACAUGGAACUACACUGUUGUUCAGCAGCCGACAGCCUCUGAUCCAGUCCGUCCAGGAGACUUGAAGACUCUCCAGUGUUCAGUCCUCUCUGACUCUGAGACUAAAACAUGUCCAGGAGAUCACAGUGUGUUCUGGUUCAGAGUCGGAUCAGAUAAAUCUCAUCCGAACAUCCUCUACACUGAUGGAAACAGACGUGAUGAAUGUGAAGACAGAUCUGACAGUCAGAAAAGCUGCGUUCAUCACUUCUCUAAGAAGGUCAGCUCCUCUGAUGCUGGAACUUACUACUGUGCUGUGGCCACAUGUGGAGAGAUUCUGUUUGGAAAUGGAGCCAAAGUGGAAACCGAGCGAAGAAUGAGUCCUGAGUUAAUUGCUCUGGUGAUGGCAAUAAUCUGCUUGGUCAUUUCUCUGAUUGGAAAUAUUGUUUUCAUCUGUCGCCGAACUUCAAGAUCAAUAUGUGAGCAAUGUAAAGGAAUAGAAGGCAUACCUUCACAAGCAAGAAAUGACAACUCGAGCCAACCAGUAUGUGAUGUUAUGGAAGGUGGAGAUGAUCUGAACUAUGCUGCGUUGCCUUUAACCGGGCGGAAAGCUACAAGUGGACGUAAGAAGAAAGAGCCGAAGACUGAAGAAAGUGUGUAUUCUCAACUAAGAUGCUGAAUGUAUGUGAUAACCUGUGAGUUGGUUCACAGUACUGUCCUGAAUAACAGUGUAAAAUAAUGUUGCUUCCCCACAGACUUUAAUGAAAAUGAGCCGUUUAUACUGAUGACACUGAUUGUUGUAUUAUACAGUGUGUUUGGAUAUUUUUUCUCUAGCUGAUCUAAUAAAACACAGAAUACUUUAAUAUAGGUACUUAAGUCUAUAACUUUAUUAUAUAUUUCACAGCAAUUAUGUUUCAGAUUUUAAUUACAUAACUUUGAAAAAUAUAUUGACUGUAUGUGAAAUCUGAAGAUUAAAGGAUGAAAACAAAUGGAUCAAAUGCUUUGUCAAGUUUAAUUGUUCUUACCAUGGUCUUGUUGUCAAGUAAAUCCUGAUGUAUUGACACCA